AGCUACCCCUUCACCAACUCUGCUUCCCUCCUCGCCCACUCUCCAGUGGCAAUUAGGCUAUUAUUCUCCCCCCCCCCCCCCCCCCCCCACCACAUCGUCUUUGGGACUGGGAAGUGACCUGCGAACUCCACAAAGGCGGACAGAAGGCGAAACCGUGUGGUUCUACUCUGAUAAUGGAGGCAGAUUUGCAAACUGCAUGUGUGCAGAAGAGAUCGGAUCAGCUGGACUAAUCUGCUUCUUGCUGCCAAAAGCUCACCCCACAGAGCAUGAGCAGAGGUAUUGACGGUGACAGAAGAUCACACAGAGAAAAACCCACUAGUCACCGGCAGUGCAAUCGCUACAGCCACUCCCGCCAGCAGUCUGACCCCGCUCCUCCAGCCUUUAUUCCCUCCAGCCAAGGACUGUCGGCCGAUCAGUUCCGGAGCCAGCAGGUCCAGUUUCUCACCAGCCAGAUUGCCCAGGCUCCUGCCUUUGUCGUUCAGCACCAGGGCUCGUACCAGCAGAGGCCGCGAGUUUUCCACCCGCCACCUUACUGCUCCCUGCCGAGGGCCAGGAGCUGGAACCACCACCGGGUCUGCCCGCUGCCUGUCGCUCGCCCCCGCAUCCCACCCCAGAACGGGACCAAGAGCUCGGAAUUAGACGAGGGACUCAGUCGACUCUUGUCGGGCCUCAGCAUCUGCUCCCCCGGCGGCACCUCUCAGCACGACGUGGUGCGAGUUCUGGGAGAUCUCAGGCCCGGUGAAAGCCUCACGGCGCCCAAGAUAGCCAGGAGGCUCGGCGUUCAGAAGAAAGAGGCCAACCACGUCUUGUACCGGCUCCUGGAGGAAAACCGGGUGAGGAAGGAGGGCACGACGCCCCCACUCUGGUGUCUUCCCAGAGACGCUGAGGUCGCUGCCAAGGCCAAGAGACAGUGGUCUGCUCCCGAGGGAGGAGGCUUAUCCCGCCCGGUCAAGCAGGAGAAAGAGGAAGACGAGGACAGCUCGGAGAGCAGCGGGUGCGAGCCGGCCAGCAUGGAGGACCUGGACAACCAGAAGGACAGGAUCUUCCACUUCCUCUUGGAGAAGACCAAGGCCACGGCCCUGGACAUCGCCAAGAACGUGGGGCUGAAGUCGGCCCGGCAGAUCAACCCCACCCUCCAGUCGCUGGAGAACCAGGGGGACCUGUGCAAGGAGACGGCCUCGCCGUACAUCUGGACCCUGGCCGACCGCAAGAAGGAGGUCCUGCUGCGCAAGCGGAAGCUCCAUGACUUGGGCGCGGCCGUGAUCGGCGCGGUGCCGCCGGCGGUGAUCAGCACCGAGCCGCUCGAGAGCGCAGCCCCCGCGCCGGAGACGGUGGACGAGAUCCAGGUGAAGGAGGAGAGCAACAUCGGCAACGGCCAACAGGAGGAGGAGGAGGAGGAGGAGGAGGAGGUGGUGAAGCCCUCGCCCACCGUGAUGCCGGCACAGACCAACAAAGCCAACCACGCCGGCUCGGACUACUACGGCAACACCUCGGCAAACUGCCAGUGGGCGACCGACGACAUCCCCGACAACCUCAACAUCAUCAACUGCGUGGGCGGCGAGGACGGGGUGGUGGGCCUGCCGCAGGGCAUGUUGCCGGGGAAACCCAACGCCGAGCAGCACCCCGUCCUAACGCCCAACGAGCGGCUGCGCGCCUGUCUAUCCAAGAACCCCGUCAGCGGCCUGAUGGAGUUCUCCCAGGGCUCGGCGCUACAGUGCGAAUUCAUCCUCCUCGAUCAGACUGGACCCUCGCACGACCCUCGCUUCAGGAUGCAGGCCGCCAUAGACGGCAGGAAGUUCCCGCCGGCUGAAGCCAACAGCAAGAAGACGGCAAAGAAAGAGGCGGCCACUAACGCUCUGCGGGUGCUGCUGAAGGAGAUGCUGGGUGAAGACAUCGAGCUUCCUCCUUCUUCACCGCCGCACGAAGCCAUGUCGACAGUGGAGUGCCCACCAGCUGCCGGAGACAUAGGGAGCGAGCCCCCCAUCUCCGUGGCUCAGCCCAUGCUGCCUGCGGGGAAAAAUCCCGUCUGCAUGCUGAUGGAGUACGCGCAGAAGUCGGGCAACGCCUGCGAGUUCCAGCUGGUGUCCCAGAGCGGCCCUCCCCACGACCCCAGGUUCACCAUCAUGGUUAAAUUGGGCAACGAAACCUUCCCGGCGGCCACGGCCAACAGCAAGAAGCUGGCCAAGAUGUUUGCCGCAAAGGCAGCUGUCCUCCUCCUCCUGGGAAACUCACCCCAAUUUCCUUCCAAGCCCUCGGACACCAACAUGGAGGACGCUCAUGGCCCCAUCCCGUGCCUGACGGCGGGGGAUUUGGAGGCGGCCCAGGCUGCGGGCUUGGGCGACCUGAUCGCCUUCCUGAACAAGAACCCUAUUGGCGGCCUGCUGGAGUACGCGCGCUCCAAAGGGUUUGCAGCAGAACUGAAGAUGAUCGACCAAUCAGGACCCCCGCAUGACCCCAGGUUCACGUACCAGGCCAAGGUGGGUGGCCGCUGGUUCCCGCCGGUGAGCUCGAGCAGCAAGAAGCAGGCGAAGCAGGAGGCGGCCGAUGCUGCGCUUCGCAUCCUCAUCGGCGAGGGGGAGAGGGCAGCGCGGUCCGGGGAUUUCUGCUCCGAGCUGCCCAUGUCCGGCGGGACCAUGCACGACCAGAUCGCCAUGCUCACCCACCAGUGCUUCAACAACCUGACCACCCGCGUCCAGCACAGUCUGCUGGGACGCAAGAUCCUGGCCGCCAUCAUCAUGAAGCGCGGAGACGAUGACCUGGGGACCACCGUCAGCCUGGGCACUGGUAACCGGUGUGUCAAGGGUGAGGAGUUGAGUCUUAAAGGAGAGACGGUGAACGACUGCCAUGCCGAAAUCAUCUCACGAAGAUGCUUCAUCAGGUAA